AUGCCCGAAAACAGAUGUGAGCUGGUGUUCAUACAGAGUGGGGAAUUAACGUCUACUAAGCCUUUACGUGUGAUAACUCAGUACUCCAGCGCGGAUGAUAUCAGUAUGCAGUCUCCUGGUCGACCGACCAAUCUAGGUGUUUGCCUGACCACCGUACAAACCACGAAGGAUGUUAAAGAAGGACUGGCUGCAUCAAGACUUCAGGGUAUGGACGAAAACUCUCAGUCGUGGUCCGCCAAAAUGGUUGACAACGGUGAUUUUGAGAAACUGCUUGGACAACUUGGAAGUAAUGGUUCUACCCCAGUCACUCCAACAAGCUUUUUAAAUCCCCGGAAUAUCACAGAAGACCAAGAAAUUUUUGCAGAGUGA